AUGGGGGUGUACGUUGAUGACCUCAUUGUUACUAGAAACAGUGAAGAAUGUAUCUCAGAUUUCAAACAAACAAUGAUGAAGAAAUUCGAGAUGAGGGAUCUAGGUCUACUCACCUCAUAUCUGGGAAUAGAAGUGGAACAAACCGGAGAUGUGAUCAGGCUGAAGCAAAAGAACUAUGCCCUGUGGUUACUUGAACAGAGUGGAAUGCAAGGAUGUAACUCUGUCUCCACGCUACUUGAAGCACGAUUCAAGUUCAAUGAAGGAAGCAAGAGUCAACCUGUUGACUCAACAAAAUUCAGGAGCAUAAUCGGGAGCUUAAGGUAUUUAAUCCAUACCCGACCUGAUCUAACCUAUUAUGUGGGUUAUCUUAGUAGGUACAUGGAAGCACCUACGACAGAGCAUAUGGCAGCAUUAAAAUGGAUUCUCCGAUAUGUCAAAGGUACUGUGAAUCUUGGAUUACAGGAAAGGAUUCGCGUUCACUUUGACAGGAUACAGUGA